AUGCGAUUGGAGUAUCUUGUGGUGCGUGCUGAGAUCAACGAGCUUAAAGUGGGCGUGGGAGUAAUCUACAAUCCAUCUGGGGCUAAUCAAUUGUUCGCUCAGCAAUACGAGAAGCUUCUUAUCGACCUUUUGGAAUUCGAUCUUGACCAAACUUACCUCAUCGGCGACUACAACAUCAAUGUGGCAUCGUCAACACCAUCCACGAACAUAUUGGCACUGAAUCGCAUCCACGCUACUUUCGAUCUCACAGUUCUACCAACACCUCCAACACGUAUCACUGAGACCAGCUGUACUACCAUCGACCUCAUCGUCACCGACCACCCUGCAACUAUCCAGUGCUCCAAGACUGCUACAGGAAACACUAUCUCUGACCACGAAGUUAUCUACUUCGUCUCUAGACUGCUGAUACACAAACCCCCUCCCAAGCGAAUCAAAGUGCGGAACUUCCGAAGAGUCGAUCCUCAAGCUUUGCAGAUCGAUUUUCAAGCUAGUAAUCUACAACAAAUUUACGAGGCAGAAGAUGUAGAUACAAAAGCUGACCUACUCACCACAACUCUCCAGUCCCUGAUGCAGCAACAUGCUCCUGAAAGAACAAUUCAGGUACGCGAUCAACGGACUCCCUGGAUUACGGCGGAGAUAGAACGCGAAAUAUCUACGAGGGACAUUGCUUUUGCCUUGUACAAUCGGAAUCCGAAUCGAGCAAGAGGUGAUGCCCAAUGGUGUGACUACGUUCGGAAACGUGACAGACUGAAAACACUAAUUUUUGUGGCCAAAAAACGUUACGCCGAACAAAAUUUUUCCCAUCAGCUUCCAGCCAAACAGCUCUGGAGUAACCUGCGUCGUGAUGGAAUACACAACAAUGUGAAGAAGGUUUUACCCGAAGAAGCAGCUGACCCUAACGCUCUGAAUCGAUUCUUCACUGGUGGUCAUCUCCAACUAACAAAUCAAGUCAUACCUACGAACCAAACGUCUAGCAGACAGGAGCCCCUUCCAACUGAACAUGCCAACCCUAGACCUAACACUUUCGGCUUUCGCCACACGACUGUCCAAGAAGUAGCGACCAUGAUAUUCGAGAUUCAGACCUGCGCUACGGGUAGCGACGGAAUUCCAAUCACCCUUAUCAAGCUGCUAAGUCCAACCGUACUCCCUGUGUUGGUGCAUAUUUUCAAUGCAAUUAUUGACGCUCAACGAUUCCCGUCCGGCUGGAAGAAAGCAGUAGUUACCCCGAUACCGAAGAAAUCUUGUCCAGUUGCUCGAGAAGAUCUUGCUGCUUCAAGUUUCGGAGUACCUGAAUGGAGUAGAACACCCGCUAAUUGCUGCAAAUCAGUCUGGGUACAGAAAAGGAUACAGUACCAGUACUGCAUUGGCUAA